UCAUUUGCUCCUGCAAGCUUGGGAAUAUAUGCGUCCUAUAAGCACACAAACAAAAUUAAUCUUAUCCAGGUAGAAAUUACAGAUAUAACGCAUCACUUCCCAGCUGUGGAUUAAGCGGAGCCACCUGAUCACAACUGCCCCUGAUUAAGCUCUAACUGCUAGAAGAGCACAAUGUCCAACAACAUGGCCAAGAUUGCAGACGCUCGGAAGACGGUGGAGCAGUUAAAGCUGGAGGUCAACAUCGACAGGAUGAUGGUGUCCAAAGCAGCCGCUGAACUGAUGUCAUACUGCGAAACUCACGCUAAAGAGGAUCCCCUGGUGACCCCUGUGGCCUCGUCCGAAAACCCUUUCAGAGAAAAGAAGAUCUUCUGUGCAAUUUUGUAGCCAUUUAUCCAGUUAUCUCAGUUAUGUUAUAUUUGUCUAAUUUACACAAAUUAAAAUCGUGUUUUUGUAACUCCUUUUAAAACAUUACAGCAGCUUAAUCAUUUUUUAGAUAACAAUGUCUAAUCAUUCAUAACAACUGUAAAAUAAUGCUAUGUGAUUUUUUAUUUUUCAUGUACUGAUCAAUUCAUUGUAUAUAAAGUGUUCUGUGCGCCUCAGCAGCCCUGACACGAUUAUUACAUAAAUUGUCAACUUAUCGUACAAUAUGUGGACAUAACCUCAAUCAUUUUUGCUGACCUAGAUAUUGCAGUUUGUGUUGACAUAGCAAAGUACGGCCAUAAAUGUGAAUGAGCUGGUAUGUUGACUGUUUAAAUACAUAUUUUUUAUUUAUUAAGGGUAUAUAAUACCUCUAGCUUCUUCUAACUCCUCUAACUUUUGUGUAUUGUCAGAUUAAUUCAAUAAAAUAUACAGCUCUGAAAAAAA